UCUUCUCAGAAUGCAAACCAGAAACAAAGCCCCAUAGCCAGCUGCAACAAUCAAGAGCGAGCGAGGCUCCCUUCUUGUCCCCAGCACUCGCUAACAAAGCCAAGCCAAGCCGAGACAGACGACAGAGAUGGCAACGAUGUCGCUGAGCUCGACGAGGGCGCAGUGGACGGCGAAGCAGAACAAGCUGUUCGAGCAGGCGCUGGCGGUGUACGACAGGGACACGCCGGACCGGUGGCACAACAUCGCGCGCGCCGUCGGGGGCGGCAAGUCGGCGGACGAGGUCAGGCGCUACUACGAGCUGCUGGUGAAGGACGUGGAGCACAUCGAGGCCGGCAAGGUGCCCUUCCCGGCCUACAGGUGCCCCGCCGGCUACGACGCCGACAGGCUGAAGCACCUGAAGAUCUAGGCGGCAAGAAUCUCAUGAGAACGACUGAACGAGUCCUACACCGCGCACCAUGCAUGUGAGUGUAGCAACGUGUGUGGCUACAAAAGGAAGGAAGCCAAGCAAGUGGGUCGGAGCAUCUGUUCAUGCACGCAUGUGAAUAACAACUACUAGCUAGCUAUAGCCUAUAGGAUGUAGAUCAAUCGAUCUCCCGCGUAUUGUACUGUGUUCACCUUGUGUAAAAUCUCAGUAUUUGUAGCAUAUAUAUUUGGGAGAAGUGAAAUAAAAUAUUCACUAGUUUGUGGUGUGGACCUUUA